GGUGGCAACACUCCAGCCAUUUUGUUUCGUUUUCCCCACUAUUUUAUAGUUUUCCGCCGUAUUUAACUACAUUCUUGAAAAGCCAAUGAGCCCCCAGACAUGUCGCAGGCACUGGUGAACGAGGAAACUCUGGAGGCGAUGGCCUACGAGCGCUCCAUGGUCUGGUCCAGUGUGUUGAAGGAUUUUUCGAACAUGGGCGACGGAAUGGAGUUGGAUGUGGCGCAGUUCGAUGACCUGUUCCAGGACGAGGACGACGAGAACCCCGACCUGCAGGACGAGGAGGAGGCCGCGGAAGACGAUGUGCCGGACGCGAAACUGGAACUGGGCCACAUCAACACCACCACCGCCAGCGUUGCAGAACUGACCCUCCUCCUGUGCGCGGGCAAGGACGACGAGACCAAGGCCGAGAUAGAGGAGUUCCUCAAUCAGACGGUGCCCGUCGUCGAGGGGCACAAGCGCAAGUGGCGUGAGGCGGGACUGGACCGCAUACUGGACACCUUCGAUGAGAAGCAGAUCGAGCACCAUGUGGGCAGCUGGAUGCGGCGCCACAACAACGUUUAUCUGGAGGCCACUUCGCCCAAAUACCUCCACUCGGAGGCCCACUCAAUUUCGGACCAGAGCGACGAGUCGUUGCACUCCAUUGACACGGCCCGCUACAUUCAACAAAGUCGCCGGCGCAAGGCCCACCUGACCAGCAAAAACUCCAACAUGACCACCAUUAAGAUGUACCGCAAGAACCCGCACAAACGGGACGAGUUGAGGGCCAAGUACGCCUACGAUGACGAGCAGGAGCACCGCCACCACAUGCAGGCACUGCUGCACCGUCGGCAAGAGAAAGAGCGCCAGCUUGCCUACCUGGCCUCCACGCCGAUGCACUGCAUCCACUCCAGCAGUCCUCAUGUGAGGCGCAAGCAUCUGCGCAAGCGACGCGCCAACUCCUGGCUAUGUGACUCGUCGCUCAGCAGUGAGGAAGGUCCAUCGUUCAACGGCUGCGACUGCCAAACAUGCCGGAGACAUCACGCCCUAUCCAGGAGUGCCUACCAAUACUGCCCCUACAGCAGGAGUCAACGUGAGUAUCACCACCGCCAGGCGGCCUCGCGGACCGUGCACACCGCGCGUCGCCAUCACACCUUCGACAUGGACUUGGACCUGCGCCCACGGCUGCCGGAGAACGAGUGCAGCUGCUGCAACAGCGAACGCCUCUGCUCCAAUGUGGUGCACAUUGCCAACAGUUCCACCGAGGAGUGGGUGGUGGAGAACCGCAGCAGCCCUGAGCUCCUGGAGGCGCAGGUCAAGGCCCGGAAGCACAAGCAGCAACUGGUGGCUCCGCAAUCCGCCCGAUCCAAGUUCCACGAGCAGAGAGUAUCGAAAAUUAAAGCUGCAUCCGCCUCAAAAUUGGUUAGAUCUAAAGCUAACUGCAUGCCAAUGUUCGAUAGUGACACUUCCGAUGAAGAUAGGACCUUGGAAAAAUGGCGUUUGUUUAACUUUUCGGAGCGAAUUAAAGGGAAAUUAAUUACAACUCCGAAGACGUCGGGAAAAACCACACAGUACAUUGCUUUCAGCGAGAAGAAGGUUUCCAAGAAGGCCUAUCCAGUGACAUCCAAGUGUUUGCCACAAAUCAAAGAAGAAAAGUCUACUUUAUCAGAAGACAUAAUAGGGAUACUUUCGUCUGGAGAGAGCGAGGGUCUGUCCAUCCCGAAAUUAACUCAUUUACAUGCCAAAUGCGAGUCUUCCGAUGAAAGCGAAGUUGAGAUUAAGGGAAGGAAACGCUUAGUAAGUUUCUCCGUGGCAAACGCCAAAACGAUCAGGGCGCCUUUCUUAAAUUUGCCUCAUAUCAGUGAAAAUGAGGCCUUGAUCAAUACAAAAGUAAGUCAUGCACAGAUCGAAGGCGAAUAUUCUGAAAAAAAACAAGCCAACAAAGAAAUCUCCAUUAAGUCGUCUGCACCAUUGGUAACUUCAGCAAAGAAAUGUAAUCAAAAGGCUAUUACAGCAGUUCCGUCGAGUUUCCCACAAGUUGAAGAGAAAGCUGUGCCACUUCCAGGAUCUGGCAAUAAAAAAGCCAAGAAGACCAUUACAACGCCCUUGAUCAAAGAAAAUAAAAAAGACAAAGGAUCGAACAUUCCGAAGAAAAUUCAUGCACGUAUUGAGAGCAAAACAUCCGAUGAGUGUGACGAGGAAGUGUUGGAGCGAAAACGAAAUGUUAAGUCGAAAUGUCCUGCUGCUAAGAAGACUUCCAAACAGACAACGAAUCCAGACGAAAACUCCACCUUACCUCAAAUUCCCAAAGAACUGACAAAUUACGAGAUCCUGGAAAUGAACAGCUCUAGCUCAUCAACCUCGCAUGAAAUAUUGAAUAAAAAUCCAGUUGUAUCAAGGGAAAAGCCGAAAAAGAGUUCCUCAAAUAUCAAAAUAAUAGCUGAAUCGGAGGCCACCGAAAAGGCUUCUACUCCGCAAGUAAAAAAGACAAAAAGAAAUUCAGGAAAAAAGAAAAUUGUUAAUCCAACUUUGCCACAACUCAUUGAGGAGGUGCCCAACCGAUCAUCCGACUCACAGACUAAGCCCGAACAGAAUCGAUCAUUAAAAGUUCCAAAGACAAAUUUGAAAAAGUCCAGAAGCUCUAUUACGGAAGUCAUUUUGGAGGAUAACACCAACAAGGAAUCCGACUCGGAGGUGGAUGUAAGGAAAGCCUUGGCUUUGUCGAAGGCCACCUAUAAGGAAGAGCAACUGAAGCGACGGAAAGCAAAAAAACAGACCUCUAAGGAACAGGACCUCCCACCGAUCGAGCAAUCUUUGUCGAUAUUCAACAAUCAAAGUGUGGCCUGCAAUUCCACAGCUCUGGCCAACGAUACGGCCUGCAAUCGCGUUCUUCCCAAGAGACGAACGGUUAAGAGGGCAGCCGCCGUGAGCAGUACCCAGGAGCAGGCGGCGACGAACGACUCGACUUCACCAACGGGUAGCUCAGUGCCGGAGGUCGGCGCCACGAGCGGCGAUCCGGACUGCACGGUGGUCACAUCCACCACUUGCUGCGAACCGCCGUCUGCCAGUGAGCCAAUUCGGCCGCCACUCAAGCUCACCAAACGGGGCAUCCUGCUGCGCAGCUCCACAGAACCGGAUGCCGGCAACUUCACACUAACCGAGCAGGCUCUUGGCAAUAUCAUUGGCGAGCGUUGGGCCCGAAAGUACCUUAAAUACCACAUCGGCAGUCGCAGCUUCGACAGCCGCCACUCGGUUUACUACCAGCCCACGCCGCAGUUGGCCGCCGCCUUAAGUGCUCCGCAGGAUGUGCAGCAGACCCUGGCCAAUAUCUCGAGUUCCAGUUCCGGUUCCAGUGAUGAUGACAUCUUCGAGCAAUUCAACCGAUACGGAACGGUGUACAGCGUGCUCGAGAAAACCGGUGUCGAUAAGGCUAAAGCUGAAGCUUAGUUCUUCCUUUAAUGGCACUUAUUUG